AUGUGGAAAGUUGUCUGCUACUUUUUUUGCUUAAGCAGUCGCGUGGCUUUUUCGUUGGUGUUAAAUAAUAUGCAGCUGAAAUACUACCUUUUACAUUACCUAUUCAAUAUUUUUUUGGCAUUCACAGUCAAACAUGGAAGAUCACAUUCACUCAGCAAUUCUGAAAUUGUUCACGAUGAAACAGAUCUAGCUGAAAAGAGGCUAAAUGAAGCCAUGGCACAAAAAAAAGAAUUACAACACAUGAAAAAUAUAAUGGGGAGACAAAUUAAACAGAAGAACAAAGAAGAUCGAAUCAGAAUUUCUCAGUUCAAAGAAUCCUUUAAAGGAAAAAAGGAAGUACCUAAUCGAAAUAAACCAUGGAAAACUAUCGAAUGGCAAAACUAUUGGAAUUCUUUGGGUAACCACGAUCAAAACAACCUUGACAGGAGGAAGUCGCACUGCCACAAGAGUAUCUACACCAAAAUAGAUGAAAUGGCUGAGAACUUCAAUGCUCCAGUUAGAAAAGACAGAAGUUGUGUGAAGAAAAGGGCAUAUGGCAAGAGAGAGCCAGCAAGAGAGAGAGAAGAGAAAGUAAUCGACCAAGACAAUGAAUCACUACUUCAUGACAAUCCAAAGCAGAGAAACUUCAUUGAAAAAGGAGCCAGCAAAAGAAAUAGAACAGCAAAGAAGAAAACUAUCGAACAUGAAAAUGAAUCAGUACUCCUCGAGAAUCAUGAGCAGAAAAACUCCAUUGAAAGAGGAAAAAAGAAAAAGUCGAAAGAGAAAAAAGAUGAAAGGACAGGAAACAAUAAAAUGAAAUCAUCUAAAGAGAGAGCAGAAGAAGAAGAAGAAGAAGAAAAUAACAAAAUGGAGAAACAGGAACAAGACGAGGAAAUGGAAGGUUGCCUGGAAGACCGAAAGGACGAGGAAAGGUCCCAGCAGGAAAAAAAUUAUAGAACAGAAGUUCGUCUGAUUUGUUCUCCAAUACGCUGAUUUGUAUUUCAAUGGAAGUGUAAUAAUAUAAAAGCGUUAAUUACCAAGCAUCGAAACGUUUUUUUAUUUGUUGCGCUAUGAUAGUCGAAAACCACUUCUUUAUUUCCUUAAUUUAAAUUACAGUUAAAAAAUGAACAUAC